AUAUCGAAAAUCGAUGCCUGGCUAUCAGCUGUUGCCGGCUGUUGUUUAUAUUGGUAAACACAUUUGGUUUUUUUUAAUUUCCUUAAAGUUGGAUCAUGCCAACAAUCAUUGCCUUGGAUGCAUCGCUUUCGAUGCUGCGCCCUGUGCCGGGACGCAACGAGCACACCUAUAUAUCGCUAGCGAUUAAAGGCAUUCAACAUCUGCUCGACAAUCUGACGGCAUCAGGAAAACUCGAGCAUUUGGCUCUGGUGGUCUACACCACAGUUUGUGAAUUGAAAGUGGACUUUACACGGGAUUACGAUCAAAUACGUCAGGCGAUUAAAAAAAUCGAACCUCUGGACAAGGCAUGCCUGAUGACGAUGUUAAAAACCUCGGUCAGCCUUAUGGCCACCUGGGGCACUCAGAAUCUGCUCCAGUUGGUUGUGUUCACAGACUGUGGUCCGGGCUUUGGCAGCACAUCGCUAGCUGCUUUCUUGGAGGGCUAUACCGGCAAAGAGGCGGAUCCGGAAUAUGCCUGGCUAAAACUAUUGGCCGCCUACCAUCUGAAUUUCAUCUGUCUCGGCAUGCAUGGAGAUUUAUAUUUCACACGAGGCGUUACGUUGCAUCAACAGCUGCUGGACAAUGCCGCGCUAAAGGGUCAACUUUUUAUGACGAAGCCGACAAAGGGCGCGGAGGCAGGAGAGGUCACAACUAGUGGUAGCCAUAAGAGCGAACUGGGUCGCACCGCAUUAUUCGAGCUAAUUGAGCGACUGUGCGAGAGCAGCUACAAAUCGACAGAGGUAACGCUCAAGUGCGGCCACUAUUUCCGCAUGGAGGGGCAAGUUCUGCUGUGGCCCCCAACGGUGCCCUACGAGCAGGCGCCGCUGUACGGUGGUGAACCCAUAGUGCGACACAUUGAGCAGCGCAUUGAUGUGUGUGGGUUCCUCUCGCUGUCGGACAUCGGCUCACCGGCCACGCUAAGUCGCCACUGGGUGCUGGCGAAGGUGGACCGCGAGAAGCCGACUCGUCGUUCCGGCGGUCUGGCAGCAGUUGCUAAGCCCGCCAAGCUGACGCUGGACACCAGCAAUCCGCACUAUGAACUGGAGAAGCUCGAGCAGGAUGUACGCGAUUUUUACAUGAAGGACAACAAGGAUGCCGAGGAGAGUGGCGAUGAUGGCGAUGUGAGUGUCGUCCUCAAGCACAGCUCAACACCACAAACGGAGCAGCAAAAAGACACGCUGUGCGUGUUGCUCCAUGGUGCACUCAAGCUGGAGAAUAUGGCUGCUCUGGUGCUGCUCGGCGAGAGAUGGUAUGGCUUCAUGUAUGCCUACAACGACAGCAAGAAGAAAUCCAAUUUUAUGCUUAACGUAUUGCCACCGGGUUCCAAUGUCAUACCCUGGCUGGGUGACCUGGAAUUGCUCGGUUUUCCCGAAGAUGUGCCGCCUGGCGAGAGUGCCAGCUUUCCAGUGCGUUCCGAACGGCGCUCAUAUUCGCAGAGCAGUGUCGUCUGGAUACGCCAGGCCAGUCUGCAAUCGGAUGUACAAAAGGUGCUACGGCAUGCCAAGAAGAUGCCCGACAAAACGCAGCAUUUCUACAAGGAAUUGAAUCGCAUUCGUCGCGCAGCUUUGGCCCUCGGAUUUGUGGAGCUGCUUGAGGCGCUGGCGCUCUUGAUCGAGAAGGAGACCGCACAACUCACACUGAAUGGCGUUGGCAGCGAGUGCACGCUGCAGCUUCAACAUGCGGCAACUGAGCUGCGCAAAACAUCAAAUCGUGACAUCAAAUCAACAAUUGUGCCACUCCAGAAGGCAAGUGCUGCCGAUAGCACAUCGUCUGCCGCUCCUCCGACUUCAGCAGGGAGUUACUUGUACUAGCAUCUAGUUUACUUUUACUGAUUUCUGAAUACCAAUUAAAUAAGUCAUAAAAUGA